AUGGAUUUUGUCGGUAGUGCCGACAGCGGACCCACAUCCUUGCCAGGCUUGCCUGACAACAGCUACAGCGACCCGGGUAGCUCCUUCGACCUCAGCGCGUCGGAUAUCGUGAAAGAGCAGGCGGACAAUACAACUUUCUCUUCCGACUGCGUUGGCUAUGAAGGAAUUGACUGGAAUCGCCUCUCAGGCUAUUCCAUCAGUAGACCCCGAAAAAGGCCACGCACUGGCUGGGUGUGGGAGUAUGGGUACGACGUUGAAAAUGACAGCUCUGGUCAUCGAUUUUGGGUGUGCAAGCUCUGCCACCGAAAGAAGGCCAUAACGACUCAUAUGUACGACGCCGCAUCGACGAGCCAAGCGAACAGCCACAUGGCGGACGUCCAUCGUGUCGAUCGAGACGGGCAAAUACCACCUCGAGGAAAGAAGCAACCAGACAUCUCAGUAAUGAAUACAUAUUCUUUGCUUAUGGCAUAA